AGCUGCUCUCUGUUCGGGCAGCUGAUCACUGCACUGCGAGAGGUCGAUCGUUCAUCAGAAAUAUUUUGCAAAAUAUCAACAAUGACGGAGCCAGAAAUGUCCGUGCCAGGAGCUGUUAAUCUAAUAGAAAAUCCUGGCGUUUCGAGCCAAGAUGUCGUCGACUGCUCCGAACCCCCUCUGAAGAAAUCGAAGACCGAGGUAGUGGUGGAGACGGAGGAAGACCCGCAGGAAGAGGACUUGGAACAGAGGCUGAACGAUAUCCUUUGCUGCUCGGUCUGUCUCGAUCUGCCCAUCAAUUUAGUGUACCAGUGUGUGAAUGGACACCUGAUGUGCGCCGGUUGCUUCACGCACGUCCUGGCCGACGCCCGCCUGAAAGAUGAACAGUCCACCUGCCCCAACUGCCGCUGCGAGAUCGGCAAGACGCUGUGCAGCCGCAACCUAGCCGUGGAGAAGACAGUGAGCGAGUUGCCGGCGCUGUGCCCGCACUGCUCCUGCAAGUUGCCCCGUAAUGUUCUGGAGCAUCACCAACGCUCCGAAUGUCCGCAAAGAGUUUCCAAGUGUGGCUACGCUCUGAUUGGCUGUGACUGGAAGGGACCCAACUGCGAGGUCAAAGGUCACGAGAAGGACUGCGAGUAUCCGGGCAAGACCGGCGCUGACGUCAUGGCGUACGUGGAAGAGUCCAACCAGUCGCUUCAGUCAGAGAUCAGGAGCUAUCAGAACAUCGUCAAUCUGCUGUCCUUUGAGAAGCUGGCUUUUAACGAUUUACAAUUGCGCCCGUACCGCACCGACGACUUCAUCACCAAGCUGUACUACGAGACCAGCCGCUUCAGCGCCCUCAACCAGCAGUGGGUGAUCAAGGCGCGCAUCAACGACCGCGAGCGCAACCCGCUGCACACCGCGGACCGCCACCUGACCUAUCAGCUGGUCCUCAAGAGCCGAGUCAACAACCCAAUCGCCUUCCACUUCAUGUUGCUCAGCGGGCCGUUCACGGACAUCAAGGUGGAGCCCGCGGUCUACCGGUUUGAGUUCACCGGCGACCGGACCGAGAGCCCGCACCAGCUCAUGCCGCUGACCAAUCCGGCCAACGGCAACAAACUGCUGUCGGCCAAGACCAUCAACGUCAGGCUGAUCAUGUUUCAGGUCCAGAAGUAAAAUAUGACCAAAAGGCUGGUUCGUGCUAGACGUGAACGAAAAUGUAAAUUUGCAACGCCCUGGUAGGUUUUUUAGUCUUUGUCAAAGACUAGAUUGUGGAUUAUGUUUCCUUUAGACAACUAGUUCCUCUUGGACAAGUGUAGCUGAAGAUGCCAAGGUUGUUAAGGACGCUAUCGAAAAGAUGAAUUAAAUCCAGUUAUGGGAAGAAAUUCCAAACAGUAACACAUCUUAUGCAAGGGUGAGGUAUGCUUGGAAUUUCUCAGGUCCGAGUGCGGAGACUCCCAAGACUGGAGUUUAUUUAUCUUAUUGAUGGCAUCAUGUACUGCCGUGGCAACUUUGCUGUGCUUGCCAUGGCCUGGCAGCAUUAACCCUAACCCCCUCCCGAACCCUUCAAAAUCCAACUGCAUGUUUUGUUGGAAUCUGUGGAAUACUGCACUAGUAAACUGAUCAGAGUUGUAACGAUUCACUGAAUUUUGUGACUCAAGUCGAGUCGAGUCAUUUCAAGGAAUUGACUUGAGUUGAGUUAAGUUAUUAGGUGAAGAAGGUCGGGUCGAGUCAAGUCGAGUCACAGCGUGUGGUCGAGUUGAGUUGAGUCGAGUCAAAUUUAUGCUUGAGUCAAUUCGAGUCACUGACAUUUGAACACCAUGUAAUAAAUUUCUAAAAAGAAGAAAGAAAAUCGUCCGAAGCCGAUGAUUAAACCAAUUUGGACAUGCGUUUAAAGUCUGGUUCCCGGAUAGAAGUUUGUGUGCUACAUUAUAAAACCAUGAGGUGGGACUCUAGAGUCAGUGAUACAGCGUAUUUUCCUAUGCGAUAAGCAGCCACAACUUGACGGUAUAAUGUGAAGUACGCAUGCCAACAUUAAUUACUCUGUACCGUAAGUCACUGCGUUAUUAGCCUUUGACUGGAGUCUUUUGAUGAGGGACUCGAAUUGAGUCGAGUCAUUUGCUCUCAGUGACUUGAGUCAAGUCAAGUCGGUUACUCAAUGGGACUCGAGUCAAGUCGAGUCACCAAAAAUUGUGACUCGAGUCAGACUCGAGUUGAGUCUUUGACACGAGUCAUUACAACUCUGAAACUGUUUAUGCUUUACAUGGGGUCAGGCAUACAACCAUAAUCAGAGUCCAACGGUUUGGGUGUAGAGUUUACCAUAUGGUGUUGGAUUUUAAAACAUUCCUAGUCAAUCACUCAAGGGGGUUAGGGUUAAUUAAGGUAAACAUAAUCUAAUCCUAGUCUUUUGUCAAGACUAAGUUACUGCUUGGAGUUUGCAAAAAUUGAACAACUUUCAACCCAUUGAAUUUCGUUGCUACCCGUUUUCAUUCGCAUGAGGUAUGAACCGGCCUCAAAACAGGGUGUCGGUAUUUUUAAAUUAUUUUUUUUAAUGUUAACAUUCUUUUUUGUAUGUCCGGUACUCAAGCUAAUUGUAUAUUAUCCAGCAUUUUCUUUCAAUCUUGUCUGGCAAUUCGUCGUUUGCAACAAGAGUAAAUCUCAAAGCUUUGUUCUAAAUAAUGAUUUUUCUUGGUACAGCAAUGCAACAGAAAUAUGUUUUGUUUCCUUUAGGGAAAAACGAUGCAACCAUUUGCCUUAUAAAAUUGUGGCUCUUCAAAAAACAACUACAACAAC